UUCACUACCAAGGAUAACAUGAGGAUGCUCGUAGCGGCCGCAGUAGUGUUGAUGGCAGGAAGCUGCCUGGCGAGCCAGGACUUCCUCUCCAAGUCCCUGAACGAGUGUAUCGCGGCGGACUCCUGGACGUCCUGUCUGAAGCACGAGGUCCUCGGAUACUUGGACGACAAGCUGGGCACCAGCACCGAAGCCAGGUCCCUGGAUACCGUGGACGAGGCCAUCGUCGCCAGGACCGUCAAGUACCUCAAGAGCUUCGACUACGGAAUCGACCUACCCUUCGUGGACGCCGGUCUGAAGUACAGACCCAGCCGCAGUCUGGCCGACCUGGACGUAGAGUUCAAAGGCAACGAGUUGGCCACUAGCCAGGCUCGAGGAAUCCUGAAAAAGAAGCUGUUGUUGCCUUUCCUGCUGCUCUUGAAACUGAAACUGAAAGCCUUGAUGCCAAUCUUCAUGGCCAUUAUUGGAUUGAAGGCGCUGAAGGCUCUGGUGCUGUCGAAGCUCGCGAUACUCAUCGUCGUUGGAUUUAUCGCUGUGCAGUUCUUCAAGAAGGGCGGUAUGAUGAUGCCAAUGGGAAUGUCGAUGGAACCGGCGGCACCAUACGGAGCUCCACUGCCCUCGACUACGUCGAGCUACGACCCGGCCAACACGUGGGACGGAAAUGGACCGUACUCCCGCGUCUGGACGCCGACCAACGGUGUGGAAGCCCAGAAUCUAGCCUACUCUUACUACUCGCCUAACAGCGGAUCCAGCUCCUACAGCUCCUCGGGAUCCUCUUCGUCCUCGUCGUCGGUCCCUGCAAGUUCGUCGAACUACUAGGUCCGGUAGCCUCUGGCAUCUGAUAAUUAAUUCUUAACGAGUUCUUGACGAGAUCGAUCGUUCUUUCGAUCGAGAAACCAAAGAGACGCCAAAUAAUCUUCACGUUCGAUCGAAGACUCGAUUCUGUUCCGUCCUUUCUUCGGGGUGUAGAUGUUUUAAUUGGGGAGGAAGGAUGGGACUUCUGCGACAAUGAUAAUGGCAGCCAUUUUAGGCUCGGAUUCUCGAGGAUGCGAAACGCCAUUACGUUUCGGCGAUGAUUAUUUAUUGCGACACGAUUA